GACAAAAGAUUUUUUACUAAUCUGAACAACCUUAAUUUGUUUGACACUUUCACUGUCAAAUAUGAUUCCCAAAGAUCUGACUAUCCUACUCAUCAAGGUCCAAUGUCGUCUUCUCGGAUUGAUUACGUUUGGUCCUCAGUUGAUGUCAUCUCAAACUUCAUAGGUUGUGAAACAGUUCAACUCGCAUCUACUUUAACUGAUCACUCUAUUGUCGUCCUGUAUAUCGAAAACUUCUUGGAUAUUAAAAAUAACAAGAGAAAUAUUCCUUUGAAAAAGGUCUAUGACUACGACAAAAUGACCGAGGAUAAUUGUCUUCCUACACAAUGGUAUACUUCAAUCGAAAAAUUCUACACUAUUAUGAAUGAUUUUGGCAUAGGAUAUGUUAGGCUUCCUCCUAAUCCCACUACUAUCAUCGCCAAAUCAAUUUGCUCUGAUAUUGAUCUGCUGCUGGGCUGCAUUCUU